AUGGCACCAGCGCAGAUAGCUAUCCCUGCGCCACUACGGCCGUCAACAACACCAUCCACAUUCAGACAUGCGCGAGACGACCUCCUUCAACCGGACGAAUCCUCGAUAGAAACAGUCGAUGCGCUCGUCCGGCAUCGCGCGCGUCGUGACCCUCAUGUCACCAUCGUAUCGUAUCCGAGCUCUGGGGUUGACUUCGCGGAUUAUACCAUGCAGCAGCUGGACGUCUUCGCGUACAGAGUAGCUCGACACUAUCAGACCUUCAUCCCUACAAGAUCGAGUUCUGCGGAGAUGCCAACCACAGUAGCCGUUCUGGGACCAAGUAACAUGGACUACAUUGUCUCGAUGCUCGCGCUUACCAAACUCGGCCAUACGGUACUUUUCCUUUCAACGCGUAUAUCUCAAGCAGCUAUCGACUCUCUUAUCACCACCACCGGAGCCACCUAUCUGCUGGCGGAUUCACGAUAUGCGCAAUCUGCAAUCGAUGCUCAGAAAGCCAUACCAGGGUUGCAGAUCGGCGAAAUUGCCAGGCCUGACACUUACAACUUUCCUGUUGAAGUCCAUGCAGACACCCGCCUUGACUACCAACUCGACCAUACAGUCGAAGCCUCGAAUAUCAUCUACAUUAUACACUCUAGUGGCUCUACCGGAUUACCGAAGCCAAUAUACCAGCCACAGAGAAGUGCAAUCGCCAAUUAUGCCAUUAGUAUGGAUAUGAAAGCAUUCAUUACCCUUCCCCUGUAUCAUAAUCACGGCAUCUGCAACUUCUUCCGCGCGAUAUACAGCGGCAAAUCCAUCCAUAUCUACAACGCCGACCUGCCCCUGACCCAGUCUUAUCUGGCUACAAUAUUGAGGCAGCAUAGAUUUGAGAUCUUCUAUGGUGUGCCUUAUGCGCUCAAGCUUCUCUCUGAGACAGAUGAGGGGAUCGAGCUAUUGAAGCAACUCAAGAUCGUCAUGUACGGAGGGAGUGCCUGCCCAGACGCACUGGGCGACCUAUUGGUGAACAGCGGCGUCAAUCUUGUCGGCCACUAUGGGGCCACUGAAGUAGGCCAACUCAUGACAUCCUUCCGACCUGCCGACGACAAGGUAUGGAACUACGUUCGCGAGUCACCGAAACUAUCGCCGUAUCUUCGAUGGGUAUCACGCGGACCCAAUCUCUAUGAAUGCACGGUCCUGCCGGGCUGGCCAGCCAAGGUCGCCUCGAACCUACCAGAUGGCAGUUACGCCACGAAAGACCUGUUCGAACCGCACCCUACGAUUGAGAAGGCAUGGAAAUACAUUGCGCGUCUCGAUGAUACAAUCGUAUUGGUGAAUGGCGAAAAGUUCAAUCCAGUCAUGAUGGAAGGAACGAUCCGGUCCCAUCGAGCUGUAACUGAGACGGUUGUCUUUGGUUCAGGUCGACCAUACCUUGGCGUUCUUGUUGUCCCAGCAAUCGAGGGCAUGCCGAAAUCGAAAGUCGUGGAUGAAAUCUGGCCUGUUAUUGAAGCGGCGAAUCGAACGGCCGAAGCGUACGCCAGGAUAUCCAGGGACAUGGUUCAGAUCCUACCAUAUGGCUGUCAAUUUCCGCGUACCGACAAAGGCAGUGUGAUAAGGCAACAGUUUUACAAGCAAUAUGCCAAUGAGAUUGAACACGCAUACGACGCCGUUGCAUCAGCUCAAGGAGAUCUCAAAACGUUGAAUGUUCCGGAACUUGAGGAUUUCUUACGUACUGUCCUGGCCAAACAGUUGACGCAGGCAGGCGAAAUCGAACGUACAACAGAUUUCUUCUCGCUAGGCCUGGACUCGCUGCAAUCGAUCCAAAUCCGGACGGAGAUUCUCAAGAACGUCAAUAUCGGUGACAAGAAGCUCGGCCAGAAUGUGGUGUUUGACCACCCUUCUAUUGCAUCUCUCGCCGCACAUCUCGACAGUCUUCGCACCGGGCAAGAGGAACAAGUUGUGUCGGUCACUGCGCAAAUGCAAGACCUUAUUGCUCAAUACAGCAACUUCGAGCCCAUUGCUAGACGUCAAGCUGCGCUUACUGGCGCGACCGGUUCGCUUGGUGCUCAUGUCCUUGUACAACUACUCUACCGCUCAGAUGUUGACACAGUUUACUGUCUUGUACGAGCCAAAGACUACACGACUGCAGCUCGCCGGGUUCGAGAGUCUCUCAUACAGCGAAAGUUGUACCACACCCUGUCGCUCUCUGGACGCAGGAAGAUACAAGCCAUACCUUCUGACUUGUCCGAGCCCCAUCUCGGCUUAGACGAUACGACUUAUGCGCGUGUUGCUUCAGGUCUUACCAGUGUUAUUCACUGCGCAUGGAGCGUCAACUUCAACAAGAACCUGAUGUCAUUUGAGAAGGACUGCAUUGCUGGUGUGCGUCACCUGAUUGACCUUUGCCUGGCUUCAUCAUCGACCAAGCCUGCAUCCUUCGACUUUUGUUCUUCGGUCAGUACCGUCGCACGAUGCCCCGAUAUGCGCACGCCUGAGCGAUUAGCCGAGCUUGACUGGGCCCAGGGUAUGGGAUAUGCCCAGAGCAAAUGUGUUGCCGAACACUUGUGCUUGGCGGCAGCGAAGGAGACCGGUGUCAAAGCGCGAGUCCUGCGCGUCGGUCAGAUCGUUGCGGACACUGUUCAUGGCGUGUGGAACUCAACUGAAGCAAUACCUCUCAUGAUGCAGUCCGCUCUUACUAUCGGCGCACUACCUCGACUGCAAGAAUUCCCAAGCUGGACACCAGUCGACGUUAUCGCAAAAGCCGUGACGGAGAUCUCGCUCAGCGACGCUGGAUCCGUAGUGGCAAAUGUCACCAACGCAAAGGCCUUCUCUUGGACCGACGAUCUACUUCCUGCCCUUCGAGAAGCCGGCCUUCAGUUUGAUGAAGUAGAACCCAAGGAGUGGGUGCGCAGGCUUCGCGAGUCCAAUCAGGAUGCGGUAGCGAACCCACCUAUCAAGCUUGCUGACUUCUUCGCAUCCAAGUACGACAAGGAUACUUUCGGUCCUUCACGUACAUACGAUACAACAGUCGCCCGAUCUUUCUCGCCUUCUCUUGACACAGCGCCUGUACUGGAUGCUGCAUUUGUGAGGACGUUUGUCAGACAAUUCCAGAACGCUGCCUGGCAGAUACGUACUACUCCAGUCGCGAAGCCGACGAGACGCGUUGUCAUUGUAGUUGCCGGGCCUUGUGGUAGCGGGAAAAGCACUGUCGUACGACGCAUCGACGCUCGCUUCAAAGCACCUUGUAUCGAGGGCGACGAACUACACACAGAGGAGGCCAUUGUAUCGAUGGCUGCCGGUACUCCCCUCAAUGACGUCGCUCGCGCCCCUUGGCUCGCGCGCGUUAGACAGCGAGCGCUCGAUACCGUGACCAAGGAAGGCCACGAGCGCGUAUUAGUCUCUUGUUCGGCUUUGAAGAAGUCAUACCGGGAUGAGUUCCGGGUUUUGGUGGAUGAAAAGAUACGGGUUGUGUUUGUGGACUUGCAAGUCGAGCCGGAAGAGCUUGUGCGUCGAAUUAAGGGAAGAGGUGGUCACUACAUGAAAGAGAAUAUGGUGGAGAGCCAAAUGGCCAUCUGGGAGACGGCUGAUGUAUCAGAGACGGAUGUGAUACCUGUAGAUGCUGGACAGUGCGUUGAAGAAGUUGUAGAGGAGAUCUCCGGGUUAUUGGAGGCGCUCGAUGUCAUGUAA